AUGCGAGUAAGUCUUGAUCCCGCACGCAAAGGUGAACUGAUCGCAACGAUAAAUAUCGAUUCCAAGUCCGACGCGAUGAAGUCAGAUUCAAGAAUGGAUCAGCAAAGUAAAAAAGAGUCGUUGCAACCAAAAACCGCUGGUGAUGAAAUCAUUAUCAAUGGCAAUCGAUCAGCAGAAAGUACUCAGCAUUCAAAUAUCAGUGAGCGCAGUUCAAAUGUCAACAUUAACGUUACCAGCAGUAAUGAUAUAACAGAACAAGUAAUGCCCAAACCACCAAAACGUGCUCAGGUAUGUUAUUUAGUUUAUGUAUUCAAAGUACGUCGUUCAUUUCAUAAAGAUGAACUCAAGUAUGGAUUGUAUUUGGUGUUGAAUGAGUUGCAUUUGUCACAGUCGAGUAAGUGA